AUGAGUUUACAGGUGAUCAAUCAGGUACUUCUACCUUUCUAUGCCGUGGUUGUACUGUUCGGUAUCCCAGGUAACGUUCUAUUUAUUGCAGUGGUUAAAAGAACACGUGUCAUGCACUCAACAACAAACUUUUUGCUUGCCAAUAUCGCUAUUGCUGAUAUUAUUUCUCUAAUCGUCUGCAUCCCUGGGGUGAUACUGCAAUUUAUUGACCAUCCAAAGGGGGAUCUUGGCAGUUUCCUCUGUAAAUUUGUUACCAUGCACCACGUCGCUGGAGUAACGCUGCUAGUCUCUGGUUUUACACUGACGGUUAUAUCGGUUGAUAGGCAUAACGCUCUGCUUCGACCAAUGGACGAAAAUAUACGUCUUCGAAAGAAACAUGUUAAAUUUGCUAUUGGCCUUAUUUGGAUCUUCUCUACUGCGCUUGUGAUACCACUUUUUGUCAAACAGCACUACGUAGAGGAGGUAAAUAAUUGUCAUAUGAACUGGAAAGCAACAACUUCUAAGGCUUACUGGGGAAUAUUGGCAGUUCUGGUAAUGCUUUCGUUACUGGUAAUGUCAGUGUGUUAUUUUCGCAUUGUGAAGAGUAUUUUAAGUAAAGAGUUGUUGGCAGAAAACAGGCAAGAAGGGAGUACACCAAUGUGGGAUGAAGACAACAAGAGUAAACGGAAACUGGUCAGGAUUUUAGUCAGUGUUACUGUGAUUUUCAUCAUGUGCUUUGUUCCAUUUACAUGUGUUUCGGCAAUGAAAAUUUCAACAAGUACACUGUCUUACAAAGUGCCGUAUUUUUUAGUGUAUUUUAGCUGCUCAGUAAAUCCUGUGGUGUAUAUAAUUCAGAGUUCCAAUUACCGGACGGGUAUAAAGUAUCUCUUUGCCAACAGACGCAGAGUUCAUGCAAUAAAAGAAAGUAUCAUCUUGUCCGCACAUGUUCGCACAUCUAAGCCUCUUUAAUGUGCUGGCCGGAGACAAGGAAUAAAACAACGUUUGUUUUACUCGUGAAUGCCUUGCCAGUUUUGUUGUGGGAGUGACGUGUUGAGCCGAUGGUUUCUCAGUUAUACAGCGAGCAAUAAUUGAACCCAUUAUUUUUACCGCGCUCGUUAGCUGCUGAUUCAAAUUCAUAAGGGAAAGGGAAUUUGUUGGAAGAGCAAGUCACAACGCAUCAAGGGCCGACCUAAGUGACCUAAAAUUUAAAGUUAUCGGCCUACAUCCUACCGCCGAGUUAUCAGUGUAAAAAUCUUAGUGUAACGUCUGCCCGGACUCUAAUUAUUCAACAACUGAAGCAGAUUCAGUACGCUUUGGAUGAAAUAUAAAAAUCACGAUGUCUUAACCUUAACUUUGUUAGUGUGACUCUUUAAUUGUUUGUUAGUUUUAUCUCUACAUUCUUUAAUUCUUCAAAAAUUCCAAAAUUGUUGCUCUAAUAGAAACGGUAACAGUGCAACAAUUCGAACAAUAGCCGUAUUUAUACUUGGGACGUUUAAGACGUCUCGGUAUAAAUACGGGAAAUAAGGCACACGCAUUAAACGUCAGGGCCCGGUUCCUAGAAUGAUGGUCAAGUUUAACCUAGGAUUAAGCGAAAUUUUAAGCACGGUUUUCUUGCUAAGAGCAUGUAACUCAAGCUUACACAAUACUGUUGAGCCUUCCCUCUGAGACAUGGUAAUGAUUUACACAAAAUGUUACUCUAAGCAAUGCAUAGGAAGGUAAAUACAAAAAGAAGAACAAAAUCUUAAUCCUGGAUUAGCGCUAACCGACCUCUCAGGAACCGGGCCCAGACGAAUAAAACGUCUGAAGUUAAGUGCGUCCGCUCGACGCACUUAACAGAUGAAUUAGUCGUCUCAGACUUUUAAGACGUCUAGUAUAAAAACGGGACGCACUUUACGACGCACUUAACAGUCAGACGUUUAAUGCGUCUGGACGUUUAAGACGUCUUCUAGUAUAAAUACAGCCAAUCAUGAUGGCACAACAAUGUUGCAACUCUGUCUUGCGCAGAAAAUUGAUGGUACGAAUCCUCCCGUGUAUGUAACAUCGCCGUUACUCAGUCCUAAAGGGGUGUCAGUAAAACGCGGGGUCAGGGUCGAGGCCGGGGCCGGGGCAGGGAUUGGGGUCGGGGUCUAUCCUGUUUUAAAGAAUAUUAUUUUAGGGUUAGGGUUAGUGUCAACCCUUACCUUUACCCUAACCCCCGCCUAAAACAGCAUUCUUUAAAAAAGAUAGAGCCCAACCCUGCGUUUUACUGACACCCGUCCUGACUCCUGAAGCAGGUACAAAACCUUCGAUUGACAGCAUUUCCUUAUUUCACAGUGCAACAGUAGAAGGGCUGAGAUAAAGUCCAGACGUCAACUUCUUAUUAUUUUGGCAACACUAAAUUAGUUAUGGAGAAUACUGUAUAAAUGAUCUGAGUGUUUCCACCCCUGGGACAUUGUCCGCGUAUAAUUGCCCUGUAUAUAUAUAUAAGUAAGAGAUGUUUAAUCCGGAUGAUUUCUAUGUCUGCCGAUGUCUUUAUUUUUUGCAACUAAAAAGGUGUAUUUCCCACUUUAAUAUCUUAACCCGCUUAACACUUGUAUAAGUGUUGUAUCCCGUUUAUACGGACACUUUCUAUGGAUCCAUCAGUAUUCCCCGACCAUUUAACUCUUGACGGAUUUCGGGUCAUCAAGAAUUUUUUUUUUCUAUGGAUCCAUUUUUUUUUCCUUUUUUCCCAUAAGUAAUUUGAUAUCCGACAAGCGCUUGCACACCCACCCCCCCAGUCGGCCCCUUAUCGAGGUUCCUCUAGCGAUUGUGUCACAUGAUUUACGUCAAGGGAUUAGCAUAAUGUAUAGUGCACUGCAGCUAUUAGCAUUUCUUAGUGUUGAGUCACGCUUCAGAUACGACUUCGCGUACCUGUAUUUUCAGUUUGAAAUUGCUGCUACUUGCGAUGUAAAAAGGGCCGAAAAAAUUCGAGAAUGGUAGGUAUUUCAGUCACAGGUUAUUCCUGUCAUCCUUUCCUAAGCAAUAUUUCUAAGACAUUUUUUCCUGUGCUCGUUAUCCUAGCCAAUAUCCCUGAAAAUAAAUACACGUACGAAGUUUAAAAUAGAAAGCUCCUUUUUCGAGUCACAAUUCGGCAGUUGAUUAACUAAUCCGUUGCGAAAAUUAUGAAGUUUCCCAUUAACAUAUUGACGAUACGAAGAGCUGAAUUGAGCAAGGUACUGAUUCAUGUUGAGCUACUACCUUUUGCUUAUUCAGGAGACUUAUUACAAUAUAAAAACACUGAUAAAAAUUAUGCAUCCAUUCGCAGUUGUUCUUUUGUCCAUUCAUUCAUUGCAUGAUCAAGGAGAUAACACUCUCUGAGAUCUGCACAAUUCUUCAGAUUAUACGAAAGCCAAAUCCAAUAAUUUCUUUAUAAUUCAUCCAAAAUAAUUCAUACUAUAAAAAUUUACUUUUUAACUCCCGAUGUUAAGUUCCCGUUUGCUGAUUUGCGUGAUUUGAAUGUUUAAUUAAGCAGAUCUUCUGUAAUUAAUAGUAUAGCUAUCACCUGCAGAGUUGUGUUGUUGUUGUUCUUGCUAAGUUGCUCGGCAGUAGUUUGGCCAUUUAAACCCUAUUUCUUUUUCGUGCAACGAGUGACAAUUUCCGCCAUUUUCUCUAGCUCUACCAAAAGUAAACGCAGCCUCGUGCCCAGGGUUUCUCGCCAACCCUCUCUUCUGGCGACAUAUAUCUGAUCUAUGGGAUCGGCGCAAAGCCGUCUUUAAUAACCCUGGCGUUCGAUAUAUUAAAAUCCUAAUAUGGCUGUGAGGCUUUAGGGAGAAAAUUGUGAUUUUUUUUCACGACUCCAUUGUCUCGCAAUUCCCGGAAGAGACUUGGGCACAAAGAAAAACAAACCAAAUGUAGGGAUGUUUUCAUGCUUUGGAUAAAAAUCCUAGUUGUAUAGCACUGUUCCUUAAGAAGACCAUCUUUGUCAGCCGAAAUAUUGGCGUGAUCAAAUGUUUCCUUUAGCUUGCGUGACCGGUUAGUUGUGAUAUAACGCGCAAGGGGAACACGCGCGCGCGUGUCCUCGAAAUUCCUCCCAAGAAAAUUACAACCGGCGACGCCUAGCUGCUACACAGGGAGUUUCCUUUUGCCGUAAAACCAGCCUUUUAAUUAAAAUAGUUUAGUGUCGAUUUGUAUGGAAAUAUAUAUAAUGUCUGCUAAUUAAGUAUCAAGAGAAGUAAUUUUGCAUCCAUAAAAAAUCCCUCCAAAGCUGUUUUGUUUUGUUUUUUUUGUCAGCCAUUGAUUUACGUUUAGUUUCUAAUUUAAAAAUUUCUGUUUUAUAUCUUGAUGUUUUUAGGAGUAUUUUACUAACUUGAGGAUCCAUUGAGAAGCAUAAAUGCUAAUCGUAUAACUUGGAAACAAAUUGUCUUGAAACUCGCCAAGUGUACAAUGUUCAUAGUUAUAGUCUUUGCCAUCGUUGUAUUGUACAUCCUAUUAAAAGCAGCCACUUGCUGGUCAGAACCACAGAACCUGCCUCCUGGAGAAUGUUGGUUUCCAUUUCGAGCAAUCUUUAAUCGAUCUGAGAUCACUGCACCAUGCGAAAGGCUGAUGGAAAUGGCUAAGGUUUACGGCGAUGUUUUUACCAUAAAACGAGGAAGACAGAUAUCAGUUUUCAUCAACAACAUUUCUGUUGCAAAGAAAGCACUACAAAAUAAGGGAAAUGAUUUUGCUGGAAGGGCUUACUCUCAGGCGUGUGAUCUUCUCACGCAAGGGAGGAUGGGAUUUAUAAACGGUGACUUUGACUCCACCUUGGAACUUCAUAACAAGGUGUUAAAGUUGGCAUUGCAUAUGAUCACAGACACGUGUUUUUCGUUGUCUUUAGAAAAGAAAAUCAGCAAAGAAGCAGAUUUCCUUGUGGAUCGAUUCAAAGAGGCCAUGAACGAACCAUUUGAUCCAAAAUACAAAGUUUAUCUCGCUGUCGUAAACGCAUUCUCUGCUAUUCUAUUUGAGAAAAGAUACAAAAUUAACGAUCCCGAAUUUUAUGAGGUUGUUGAGCUAAAUAACCGUCUCAGAAAAAUUUCUAACAAUGCAGAAAUUUUAGAUAGGUUUCCUCUCUUGCGAUUUUUCCCUGUAGACUUGGUUAACGAUGUGAGCGAAGUCAUUCGCUCCAGCGACCGGCUUUUAAAGAAUAAACUUAGGGAACAUCGUUCUACGUUUAUGAACGAUAACAUCCGGGAUUUUACAGACGCGUUGCUGAAGGCCUUCAGCCUUAUGGAUAGUGGUAUGUCUCGUAUGAAAGCAAAUCAGGUAUUGGACGAUGACAACUUGAUAUUAAUGAUCAUGGAUGUAUUCUUUGCUGGAGUCGACCCAGUAUCAGCAACAUUGUCGUGGGUUAUUGCACAUCUAGCAAGCCAUCCUCACGUCCAGGCUAAAUUACACCUUGAACUGGAUGCUGUCAUGGGCAGUAAUCGUCACCCAAGUCUGAGUGACAGAUCUCGUUUGCCGUAUUUGCAAGCGGUGAUGUACGAAACCCUCCGACUUGCUUCGCCUGUGCCGCUUAGCUUACCACACAAAGCAGUCACAGACUCGAGCCUUCAGGGUUUCACGAUACCUAAAGGCUGUUCCGUUAUUUUCAACUUCUGGGCUAUGCACCACGAUGGACGACAGUGGGAGAAUCCUUACCAAUUCAGACCUGAGAGAUUCAUUGAUGCUCAAGGGAACCUUCUACCUCUGCCCUCGCUAAGCUUUCUACCGUUCGGUUGUGGAUCUCGAAGAUGUUUAGGCCAAUCUUUGGCUAUGAUAAAAUUUUUUCUAUUUUUUUCGCGUCUCGUCAGUGAAUUCAAGUUCAGUGUGCCCCCUGGAUGUGACCGCCCCAGCAUGCUUGGUACCACCACCGUCGUACGAGAGCCCAGACCUUUCCGAGUAUUUGUCACUUUAAGAUAA